CGCACGCUUUAUUAUAGUGCCACACCGAGAAGCGCCACCCACACGGACACGGCACUCCACAAGCAGCUCGCGUCGUGGACUUGGCGUAGCUGCAGUCUCUACCGCGCACAGAUCAAGAGAUGGCCACGGCGGCGACUUGCCUCUCCUUCUCGGCGCCACCGUCGUGCGCUGGGAGGGCGAGGCAGACGAGGGCGGCCGCGUCGGCGACUGACCGGCCGCACGAGGUGGUGUCCCCGAAACGGAGGCUCCCGCUGCGGAAGGUGCCGGGCGACUACGGCCCACCGGUGGUGGGCGCGCUCCGCGACCGGCUCGAGUACUUCUACGGGCCCGGCGGGCGCGACGGCUUCUUCACGUCCCGCGUCCGCGCGCACCGGUCCACGGUGGUUCGUCUCAACAUGCCGCCGGGUCCCUUCGUGGCGCGUGACCCGCGCGUGGUGGCGCUCCUCGACGCUGCCUCCUUCCCGGUCCUCUUCGACACCUCGCUGGUGGACAAGACGGACCUCUUCACCGGUACCUUCAUGCCCUCCACUGACCUCACCGGCGGCUACCGCGUGCUCUCCUACCUCGACCCCGCCGAGCCCAACCACGCGCCGCUCAAGACGCUCCUCUUCUACCUCCUGUCCCACCGUCGCCAGCACGUGAUCCCCAAGUUCCGCGACGUGUACGGCGACCUAUUCGGCCUCAUGGAGAACGAGCUCACCAGGGUCGGCAAGGUCGACUUCGGCCACUACAACGACGCCGCCGCCUUCUCCUUCCUCUGCCAGGCGCUCCUGGGCCGCGACCCCGCCGACUCCGCACUCCACGGCGACGGGCCCAAGCUGAUCAACAAGUGGGUGCUCUUCCAGAUCAGCCCGUUGUUCAACCUCGGCCUGCCCAAACUCGUCGAGGACUCCCUGCUCCACUCGUUCCGGCUCCCGCCGGCGCUGGUCAAGAAGGACUACGACCGCCUCGCCGUCUUCUUCCGGGACGCGGCCAGGGCAGUUGUCGACGAGGGCGAGCGCCUCGGCAUUGCGAGGGAGGAGGCGGUACACAACAUCCUCUUCGCCAUGUGCUUCAACUCCUUCGGCGGCAUGAAGAUCCUGUUCCCGUCGCUCGUCAAGUGGCUGGGCCGCGCCGGCGCCCGGACGCACGGGCGGCUGGCGACGGAGGUGCGCAACGCCGUGCGGGACAGCGGCGGCGAGGUGACCAUGAGGGCGCUCGCAGAGAUGCCGCUGGUGAAGUCGGCCGUGUACGAGGCGCUGCGCAUCGAGCCGCCGGUGUCGAUGCAGUACGGGCGCGCCAAGCGGGACAUGGUGGUGGAGAGCCACGACUACGGGUACGAGGUGCGCGAGGGGGAGAUGCUCUUCGGCUACCAGCCCAUGGCUACCAAGGACGCGCGCGUCUUCGCGCGCCCUGAGGAGUACGUGCCCGACAGGUUCCUCGGCGAGGACGGCGCGCACCUGCUGCGGCACGUCGUCUGGUCCAACGGGCCCGAGACGGCGUCGCCCACGCUGCAGGACAAGCAGUGCGCCGGCAAGGACUUCGUGGUGCUCAUCGCGCGCCUCCUCGUCGCCGAGAUCUUCCUCAGGUACGACUCAUUCGACGUCCAGGUCGGCACCUCCGCGCUCGGCUCGUCGGUGACGAUCACCUCGCUCAAGAAGGCCACCUUCUGAUAGAAAACCGGUCAGAGUCGCCAGAGCCCGGCCACGAGCAGCUUUUUCCCAGAAUAUACCGUGCUUUUCUUCUCUCUUUUCUUUUCGCUAAUAUUGCACUAUGGAGCGACUGCUAUGGAAGUGUAACAAGUUUUCUUUUCUUGGUAAAAAUGAGAGAUUUUUUUC